AUGCGUGAAUUCCUCAAUGAUUUUUUCGGUUCGUGGUUUCGAUUCAAAGACCUCAUUCUCAUUUUCCAAUUGUUUCAAGUGUUCUGCAUAUUCGAUUUUUACUACCAUCACAUAUUCACCUUCAAUCACCCAUUCAAUGAGACAUAUUCUGUCAGAGGCCUCGUUCUCUUAUCUCUGUUGCUAGCCGCGCCUAUAAUUAUGAAAAUUCUUUUGAUCUAUGAUGAGAAGAAGAAUGGAAAAGUCAAGAAGAUCCUAGUGAUAAGGAAGUUUCUAUUUUUUGGAUACGGAAAAAUUGCAGUGAUUGGUUUUGUCGCUCAAUCAUGGAUGUUGCUGAAUUUAGAUAAGGAAGUAACGUACCACCUCUUCCUCACGCUCUCCUGCACCCUCCUCUCAUUCACCUACUACGCCUUAUUCGUUCUCCCCUAUUUCGCCGACUACAAAAUGAAAAAUGGUGUGAAACGAGACGCCGCCCUGACUCGUCUGGGUGUCCUGAUGGUCUAUGCAGGAGCUAUGUCACAAACUACAUUCUACCAAGUGAUCCGUCCCGAACUUGACCCGGCGAUCAAGCUGCUCCUAUUGUCCAGUGGUCUCUUCUAUUCUCCUUAUACCGCCGAGCUCGUCGUGAUUUUAUUGAACUGGGUAGUCAUGCAGGAUGACACGGAGCUUCCCGAGACUUGGUUGACUAAUUGGCUUAUAUCUACUAGGGUACUGUGCUGGGAACCCAAUGAGGUAAUGCCUCAGGCGGAACGACAGUUUGAUAAUGUCCGGGAGUCCGAAGAUUUCUAUAAAUGGCCAAUUGUCUCGGUGAUAAAAAUAAAAGAGGACACACCAGACUCCUGCGCAAUCUGUGCUCUCGACUAUGAUUCCACUACAGUAAUCCCGCGAACUCUGGAAUGCGGACAUACAGUAUGCGAAGAGUGUAAAGGAAAGCUAACGACAUUUGAGAUUGUGAAGUUCAAGCAGUGCCCGUUUUGUAUGCAGUGGGUACACAGUUUUCAACGAGAAGCAAUGGCUUGA